AUGGGCGGCUCGGGCUCGCGCGCUGCAGCUACGGCCGAUCGGCCCGCCCCGCCGCCGAAGCAGCAGCAGCAGGCCCGCCCCGACGCUCUGGCCCUGACCUCGGCCCACCGCCGGUCGUCGGGUCCGCUGCUGGUGCCUCGCUACGUCAUGUUCAUCCGGCGCGCAUGGAGCAGGCUACGCAAGCCGGCCGCGUCAACCACCGCGGCUCCUUACACGUCGCCCGCGGCCAACCGCGACGCCGGAGCCCAGCCGUCGACCAGUCCUUCAACGGCGACGGAGGACAAUGGCAAGGCUGCGGGAGGAGGUCCUUCGACGAGGGCUACGUCCUUGAUGGGAGCCGUCAUGUCCUCCGCGGCGGAGGAGAGGAUACAGUGGCGCAGGGCCGGCCGGGACCGCAGAAGAAGUUGGGGCUUCCGCAAACUGAAGACCAGGAGCGACUCGGCCGUGUCUAGCCCCGAGGGCGCGGCAAGUCUGAAGACUCCUACAAACUUAACGGCGGACGUCGCCGGUGCCUUAGCAGAAGGCUCGCCUCGAAGUCCGCCGGCCAACAAGCCCGGUCUGUCGCCCGCAGCCACGCUCGACUCCGCCACAGUUCCCAGUACGACGGCGGGAGCAGACGAUUACGCCUGCCUCGCAGAGGACGACAUCAAUUGGUCCACCGGCUACGUCAAGCUCUGCUGCAUGCCCGACGCUCUCAACCAAGACUGUAGCUCCUUCCAGGACCUGCGCAAGGGUCUGGACGAGUAUCCCGCCACCACGGUGCAAAGUCAGGUGGUCGUGGAACGCCUGCAGAGCGUGGAGCAGCGGGUGAACCUCCGCGACGGCAGGUCUGUCUUCAGCGAGACCACGGAACGGAUAUGCUACGGUCGGAAAACGACGCAAGUCGUCUCGGACGGCAACACUUCCGCGGAACCGGCGGGCGAACUCAUGACCUUCGACACGAGCGCUUCCGCGACGACGGCAGUCCUUCAAAGGUCCUGUCGUCGUCAAGCAGAAGCGUUCCAGGAGCGAGUGUCUUGGACGGCAGACGUCUACGCCGGGGAGCAUCGUCGACGAAGAGCGGACAAUUCUUACGUUCCCGAAGCAGCAGCAGCAACAGGUUCAGACGACCUGUGCAACAACGCCCGGGGUCACGCCGGAACCCAUAGAGACCCGUCGCUACGGCAGCACGUCCCCGUCGGCGCCUGUGGCAGGAAACUACUGUCCGGUGGGUCUCCUGAUCCAGCCUCACCAACCGCAGCAGCAACAGCAUCAACAUUGCUGGGGAAACGGCAUCUUCAGCGACGACAACGGCAGGGGCGGUGCGGUGGCUCAACGUCGGGACUCGGUAUUCAACAGCGGCUCGUUCCUGUACGCCCUCCGGCACAGUCCUCCCACGAACUUCCCGCCUCCACACCCGCCCGCAACGUCCGAUCAGCAGCAGCACCACCAACAGUUCUGGUACGGCGACCGCGGCAGUCUCGAGAACUACGCCGCCAGGGGAGACUUCAGCGGGGAAGCCGGUGCCUGGCACAACCAUCACCGCCGCCGCCACCGACACCAAGUUCCCAGAGCAGAACAGUGUUCCGGUUCCGCGGCGAGUUCCGAAGACGACGGCAGCGCCUUCGCGCGGAGGACGUCCUCGCGCCGACGGUCGGGGACGGCGAAGGCGUCCUUCGACGAUGGGGAGGUCUCGGACAUCUUCAUGUUCAGCGACGACGAAGACCUCUGCGCGACCGGCAGCGACCACGAUCGGCCGGCGGUGGCGCCACCAAUGCGGUCCGGCAACAACAACCAUCACUUUGAGGCCAACCACGGAUCUCGAGAAACGGCCGCCGCAGCUGCUGGUCAAAGGAACCUCGAGGACGGUUCCGGGGACAACUCGACGAGGAUGAUAGAGUUGGCGGUACGCACCUGAUGGGGCUGCAUUUCUGAAGGGAGAAA